AUGGUUGUAGAGCCCACUUCAAGCCCUGGUGAUAACAAUACGACAGAAAUUAUGUUACAAGAUUAUCAAUCCCGGUCAGGUUCCCGGGAGGACCUUUUUAACCACAGUGAACACAGUAAGCUUGAUCUUAGUCAACACGAUAUUGAAAUGAUAGAAGAAGACCUUCUUGGGGAGUUGCCGGAAGGGAAGCAACGGUUUUUGGGCAUUUUCUCAACUGUUGUGUUGUUUGUUUCAAGGAUAGUGGGAUCUGGUAUCUUUGCUACACCUUCGUUAAUAUACAAUGAGGUCGGAGCUUGUCCAGGCUUAUUUUUCUUGGUAUGGUUCAUAGCAUUUUUCAUGGCAUUUGCGGGUCUCUAUCUGUUUUUGGAACUGGGCUCAAUUGUCCCUAGAAAUGGUGGAAUCAAAGUAUUUUUGGAAUACAUUUAUUACAAACCUCACAUGUUGAUGAGCGUUAUUGUUGGGGUCUACUCAAUAUUUUUUGGAUUCGCCAUUUCCAAUUCUAUUAUUUUUGGAGAGUAUUUUCUUUACUCUAUAAACGUAGAAAAACCAAGUGAGUGGGCUUCAAGAAUGGUUGGUGUUGUUCUGAUUGUAUUUACUACAGUUAUUCAUGGUAUUUCGGUACAGUUUGGUGUUAGAGUGCAAAACUUUUUUGGUGUUUUGAAGAUAUUCCUCUUAAUAGCCAUAGCUCUAAGUGGUUUAUACGCCUUAAUCCUCCCUGAGAAGGUAUCUCAUUUGGAAAGGCAAUUACACUGGGAUCAAUUCUUCACCACUAAGCAGAAAGUGUCAUUGAGCUCUUUUAUUUCGGCAGUAUUCAAAGCCAUAUACUCUCUUGCUGGUUGGAGUUCAGUGCACUCUUCUGCAGGAGAAGUGAAAAAUCCGAAUAGGACUUUCAAAAUUGCCGGGCCCUCAUCGUUGGCUAUCAUUAGCAUAUGUUAUAUUAUGAUCAAUUUUGCCUAUCUGAUGGUCAUCCCAAGUGAUGAGAUACUUAACUCGGGCCAGCUGAUUGGCGGAUUACUCUUUGAGAAGAUUCUGGGAGAGAAACUUGGAAGAACGCUUCUUGGCCUGAGCAUAGCAAUCAGUGCCGGUGGGAACACUUUGGUUGUGCUUUAUAACAUUUCAAGGGUGGAUCAAGAAGUUUUUAGAGAAGGAUUCCUACCACUUUCUAAAUACCUGGCCGCCAAUUGGCCAUUUGGUGCUCCCUUGCCAGCAUUACUAGUGCCAGCAAUAAUUUCGUCAUCUUUCCUAAUAUUUACACCUCCAGGAAAUGUUUAUGAUUAUAUCAUCAAUUUGGAAAGUUAUGUGAUGCAAGUUUUUAUUGGUUUGGUUGCAGUGGGCGCCAUUAUUUUAAGACGAAGAUUUCCUGAUUCGGUGCCUGCCAUAAAGUCGCCGCUUGUAUUCAUCUUAGUCACUAUUGUCUUUUCCAUUUUCAUUAUCUUGGGCCCACUACUUCCAGGUGAUAAGAGUGCCAAUUCGAUUCCAGGACUGCCCAGUUACCCAUUUGGUGCAUUGUUUUUGAUUGUGAUCUGCGUGUUCUAUUGGGGACUUGUAUUUAAGUUUUUGCCAUGGAUCAGAGGCUAUAGAUUGGUCGUCCUUGAGGAGAAGCAAGAUGAUGGUCUGAUCAUUAAGACGUGGCAUAAGGAUUAUCAUUACAGCAAUACUCGAGACGAAAGCGACCUUAAUACCUCACUGCUAUAA